AUGUCGGGCUUUCCAGGACAGAAUUACCACAAUAGCAAUCGAGGCUACCCACCGCCGCAACAAUACCCUCCACAAGGAUAUCCACCACCACAGCAAUAUCCUCCACAAGGUUACCCUCCUCCACAGCUUCAAUACGGCGGAGGCGGUUAUGGCGCCCCUCCUCCACCGCAGCAAUAUGGCGGAUACGGCCAGCCUCCACCCCAGCCAGCGUACGGCGGUGGUAUGCCUCCGCAACAACAAAUGCAACAUCRACCACCACCAAGCUACAACAGACCUCCACCUCCACCCCAAGGCCAGCAAGGUUUCGGCCACGGCGCACCGCAAGGAUACAACUUCCAGUAUUCGGCAUGUACUGGUCGAAGAAAAGCGUUGCUUAUUGGGAUCAAUUACUUCGGUCAAAAGGGCCAGCUACGCGGAUGCAUCAACGAUGUGAAGAACAUGUCGGGCUACCWGAAUCAACACUUCGGUUACAAGAGAGAGGACAUGGUCACUUUGACAGAUGACCAGCCAAAUCCCAUGAGCCAUCCUACAAAGGCGAACAUCAUCAGGGCGAUGCAUUGGCUUGUGAAGGACGCGAGACCAAAUGACUCGCUUUUCUUUCACUAUUCCGGCCACGGUGGUCAGACCAAAGAUCUGAAUGGCGAUGAAGAGGAUGGCUAUGAUGAAGUCAUCUACCCCGUCGACUUUAGGCAAGUCGGGCACAUUGUGGACGACGAGAUGCAUGCGAUCAUGGUAUCACGUCUGCAGCCUGGAGUGAGGUUGACCGCUAUCUUCGACUCCUGCCAUUCGGGAUCUGCUCUCGAUUUGCCAUACAUCUACUCAACCCAGGGUGUGCUCAAGGAACCUAACCUCGCGAAGGAGGCUGGUCAAGGUCUCCUCGGAAUGGUCACCUCAUACGCCCGCGGCGACCUCGGUGGCAUGGCCUCGACAGCCAUGGGCCUAUUCAAGAAGGCGACAAGCGGGAAUGAUACUUAUGCGCGCAAUCUCAAGACCAAGACCAGCCCUGCGGACGUUAUCAUGUGGAGUGGCAGCAAAGACAGUCAAACAUCAGCCGACGCGAGUAUAUCUGGACAGGCAACUGGAGCGAUGUCGUACGCUUUCAUCAGUGCUCUGAAGAAGAAUCCACAGCAGAGUUAUGUGCAACUCCUCAACAGCAUUCGUGAUGAGUUGGAGGGCAAGUAUGAUCAGAAGCCUCAGUUGAGCUGCAGUCAUCCGCUAGAUACCAACUUGCUUUAUGUCAUGUAA